AUGGUAACGACGCUCGGCCUGAAGAUGGCGGCCGAGCUGGGUAGAAAAGCGGGCUCCUCGGAUUCAGGCCUGGGCCCGAGCCGGUGGCACUGGAGCGGUCCUUUGUGGGUCCGAGGCGUUUUACUUCUUUUAGGUGGGCUCCGGGCAAGCACCGCAUCUAUUCCUGUCUCCUUGCGCAGUUCUCCUCCAUGCCGGCACCAUGUCCCCUCUGACUCUGAGGUCAUAAAUAAGGUCCAUCUUAAAAAUCACGUUGUAAAGAGAGAUGUUAAUGAACAUUUAAGAAUUAAGAUUAUCUACGAUAAAAGUAUUGAAGAGUUGCUCCCUGAGAAAAGACACCUUGUAAAGAACAAACUUUUCCCACAAGCUGUUUCUUAUUUAGAGAAGACUUUCCAGGUUCGUAGACCUGCGGGCACUAUAUUACUUAGCAGACAAUGUGCAACAAACCAGUACCAAUACCUACGGAAGGAAAAUGAUCACCAUAGAUGCUGUACUGAGGAAUGUGCAGAGCAUACAAAAUGCGGUCCCAUUAUAGUGCCCGAGGAGCACCUCCAGCAAUGCAGAGUCUGUUGUGGCGGUAAGUGGCCCUGUGGAGCAGUGGGUGUGCCAGACCAAGAGGGAGUCCGGGAUGCAGACUUUGUUCUUUAUGUUGGUGCUCUGGCCACUGAGAGGUGCAGCCAUGAAAACAUCAUCUCUUAUGCAGCCUAUUGUCAGCAGGAAGCAAAAAUGGACAGGCCAAUAGCAGGAUAUGCUAACCUGUGUCCAAAUAUGAUCUCUACCCAGCCUCAGGAGUUUGUUGGGAUGCUGUCCACAGUGAAACAUGAGAUUAUUCAUGCGCUGGGUUUCUCUGCUGGGCUAUUUGCAUUCUACCACGAUAAAGAUGGAAAUCCUUUAACUUCAAGAUUUGCAGAUGGUCUCCCACCUUUUAACUAUAGUCUUGGAUUAUAUCAGUGGAGUGAUAAAGUAGUUCGAAAAGUGGAGAGAUUAUGGGACAUUCGUGAUAAUAAGAGAGUUCUUCACACUGUUAAUCUUCUAGUAACACCUCGUGUUGUUGAUGAAGCACGGAAACACUUCAACUGUCCAGUUCUUGAGGGAAUGGAACUUGAAAAUCAAGGUGGCAUGGGCACUGAGCUCAACCAUUGGGAAAAGCGCUUACUAGAGAAUGAAGCAAUGACUGGUUCUCAUACCCAGAACCGAGUCCUCUCUCGCAUCACUCUGGCGUUAAUGGAGGACACUGGCUGGUAUAAAGCUAAUUACAGCAUGGCUGAGAAAUUAGACUGGGGCCGAGGAAUGGGCUGUGACUUUGUCAGGAGGAGCUGUAAAUUCUGGAUUGAUCAGCAGAGACAAAAGAGACAGAUGCUGAACCCUUACUGUAACACACUCAGAAGUAAUCCAUUGCAGUUAACUUGCAGACAGGACCAGAGAGCAGUUGCAGUGUGCAAUUUGCAGAAGUUUCCAAAACCUUUACCUCAGGAAUACCAGUACUUUGAUGAACUCACUGGAGUACCUGCAGAAGAUCUGCCUUAUUAUGGGGGUUCAGUAGAAAUUGCUGACUACUGCCCUUUCAGUCAGGAAUUCAGUUGGCACUUAAGUGGUGAAUAUCAGCGCAGCUCAGAUUGUAGAGUACUGGAAAAUCAACCAGACCUUUUUAAAAACUAUGGUGCUGAGAAGUAUGGGCCUCAUUCAGUUUGUCUAAUUCAGAAAUCAGCAUUUGUCAUGGAAAAAUGUGAAAGGAAGCUGAGUUACCCGGACUGGGGGAGUGGAUGCUAUCAGGUUUCUUGUUCUCCAGAAGGUCUGAAGGUUUGGGUUCAGGAUAGUUCAUAUUUGUGUAGUCGGGCCGGGCAGGUCCUCCCUGUGAGUAUUCAGAUGAAUGGGUGGAUUCACGAUGGAAACCUGCUCUGCCCAUCGUGUUGGGACUUCUGUGAGCUCUGUCCUCCAGAAACAGAUCCUCCAGCUGUUAACCUGACUCGAGCACUACCCCUGGAUCUCUGUUCCCGUUCCUCUAGCCUGGUGGUCACCCUCUGGCUUCUGCUAGGCAAUCUGUUUCCUCUGCUGGCUGGAUUUCUUCUGUGCGUAUGGCAUUAG